UAAAUUAGAAGAAAAUUAAAAACAACGAGAGUUUGGUAUCGCGAAAAUCUCAGAUCCACACUAACCUCAAAUUGUUCUCUCUCUCUAAGAAAUGCUCCAGAUCUCUUCAAAAAUCAUAAUUUUUUCUACUUGAUCGAGUCUUUCAAGAGUUGUAUAUAUAUACAUAUAUCGAAUAUGUAUAUUGCAUAUGGAUGGCCUCAAGUGAUCCCUCUCGAAUCUGGUCUCUGUCCUGCUUCUCAGCAGAUCAUCUACCUCAAAGUCAUCAAUCGCUUAUUGCUCGUCGUUGCCCCUUCUCAUUUCGAGCUAUGGAGCUCUUCUCAGCACAAAGUGAGAUUGGGGAAGUACAAGAGAGAUUCGGAUUCGAUUCAAAGGGAGGGCGAGAAUUUGCAGGCUGUUUGGAGUCCAGAUACCAAAUUGGUCGCCAUUCUUACCUCUUCUUUCUAUCUUCACAUUUUUAAGAUCCAGUUCACGGGAAAAAGAAUACAAAUUGGAGGGAAGCAACCAUCUGGUUUGUUUCUCGCUACUAUAUCUCUACUUCUGAACGAGCAGGUGCCUUUUGCUAGCAAGGACUUGGCUAUAAGCAAUAUUAUUUGCGAUAACAAACAUAUGCUAGUUGGAUUGUCAGAUGGAUCUUUGUAUAACGUAUCUUGGAAGGGAGAGUUCUUUGGGGCCUUUGAACUUGACUUUCACCCACAAGACAACAUUGAAGGCGCUAAAUUAUCACUUUCUCUAGACAAUGGUCUUGCUUCAGCUGGGGCUCAAGGAGUUUUUAAGCCGGAUCAUUAUUUGUCCCAAAGGUCUGCUGUUAUCCAGCUGGAGUUUUCCUUACCAUUGAGGUUGCUAUUUGUGCUAUUCUCUGAUGGACAACUGGUGUUAUGUACCACAAGCAAGAAAGGUUUAAAGCAAGCUGAGUCUAUUAAAGCUGAAAAGAAGUUGGGUUCUGGUGAUGCUGUAUGUGCUUCAGUAGCCUCUGAGCAACAAAUCAUCGCUGUUGGUACCAGAAGGGGUGUUGUUGAGUUAUAUGACCUUGCAGAAUCUGUGUCACUUAUUCGUUCCGUAUCUUUGUAUGACUGGGGAUAUUCAAUGGAUGACACUGGUGCUGUGAGUUGUAUUGCAUGGACGCCUGAUAAUUCUGCUUUUGCAGUUGGGUGGAAGUUAAGAGGACUCACAGUUUGGUCCGUUUCUGGGUGUCGCUUGAUGUCUACAAUUCGGCAGAUUGGUUUAAGUUCUGUAUCUUCUCCAAUGGUUAAACCAAACCUGGAUUGCAAGUAUGAACCUAUGAUGGGUGGCACCUCACUGUUGCAGUGGGAUGAAUAUGGAUAUAGGCUUUAUGCUAUUGAGGAACGAUCUUCAGAGAGAAUAAUUGCAUUUUCUUUUGGAAAAUGUUGCCUUAACAGAGGAGUUUCAGGCACAACGUAUGUCCGCCAAGUUAUCUACGGUGAAGAUCGCUUGCUUGUCGUACAAUCUGAAGAAACUGAUGAGCUUAAACUUUUGCAUCUUAAUCUUCCAGUUUCAUAUAUUUCUCAAAAUUGGCCAGUUCUACAUGUGGCUGCCAGCAAGGAUGGGAUGUACUUGGCUGUUGCUGGUCUUCAUGGAUUAAUAUUAUAUGAUAUACGGUUAAAAAAGUGGCGAGUUUUUGGAGAUAUUACCCAGGAGCAAAAAAUUGAGUGCAAAGGCUUGUUAUGGCUGGGGAAGAUUGUUGUUGUCUGCAACUACAUCAAUGCUUCUAACAUGUACGAACUGCUUUUCUAUCCAAGAUACCACCUUGAUCAGAGUUCGCUACUUUAUAGGAAAGCAUUGAUUGGAAAGCCAAUGGUUAUGGAUGUCUAUCAGGAUUACAUUCUUGUCACUUAUCGCCCAUUUGAUGUCCAUAUAUUCCAUGUGAAAUUAUCUGGUGAAUUGACGCCAUCUGGUGCUGUGGAUUUACAGCUUUCUACAGUACGAGAGCUCUCAAUCAUGACUGCGAAAAGCGAUCCUGCUGCGAUGCGUUUUAUCCCUGAUCAGCUUCCAAGAGAGAAUAUCUCAAUGAAUCAUAUCUCAACUUCAUCUGAUUUGUUAGCCAAAGAGCCUGCUAGAUGUCUGAUUUUGCGAGUGAAUGGGGAGCUAUCGCUACUCGAUUUGGAUGAUGGGCGGGAAAGAGAGCUCACCGACUCUGUUGAAUUGUUCUGGGUUACCUGUGGUCAAUCAGAGGAGAAAACAAACUUAAUUGAGGAAGUUUCAUGGUUAGAUUAUGGCCACCGAGGAAUGCAGGUUUGGUAUCCAUCUCCUGGUGUUGACCCUUUUAAGCAGGAAGAUUUCUUGCAGUUGGAUCCUGAGUUGGAAUUUGAUAGGGAGGUAUAUCCUCUUGGUCUUCUUCCAAAUGCUGGAGUAGUCGUCGGUGUUUCCCAGAGAAUGUCGUUUUCAGGGUGCACUGAGUUUCCAUGCUUUGAGCCGUCUCCUCAAGCUCAAACUAUAUUGCAUUGCCUACUCCGACACCUUCUUCAGAGGGAUAAGAGUGAAGAAGCUUUACGGUUGGCACAAUUAUCGGCAGAAAAGCCUCAUUUUUCACAUUGCAUGGAGUGGCUACUUUUUACCGUAUUUGAUGCUGAUAUUUCCAGGCAGAACGCAAACAAAAACCAGAUAUGUGUCCCAAAGCAUGCUACCAGCUCCUCUCUUUUGGAGAAGACCUGUGAUUUGAUCAGAAAUUUUCCCGAGUAUUUUGAUGUGGUUGUUAGUGUUGCAAGAAAAACCGAUGGUCGACAUUGGGCGGAUUUGUUUUCUGCUGCCGGAAGAUCAACUGAGUUGUUUGAGGAAUGUUUCCAACAAAGAUGGUACCGAACUGCAGCUUGCUACAUACUUGUGAUUGCUAAACUUGAGGGUCCUGCUGUGAGUCAAUACUGCGCUUUACGUUUAUUACAGGCAACGCUUGAUGAGUCUUUGUACGAACUUGCUGGGGAGCUUGUGAGGUUUCUCCUGAGGUCUGGAAGGGAAUAUGAGCCUGCUUCUCCGGAUUCAGAGAAACUAUCUCCCAGGUUUUUGGGAUAUUUUCUUUUCCCUUCUAGUAACAGGAGCAAGUCUUUGGACCCAAAAAGUAACUCGUUCAAAGAGCACGGUGCACAUGUUGCUUCUGUUAAGAACAUCCUCGAAAACCAUGCUAGCUAUUUAAUGUCAGAGAAAGAACUUUCCAAGCUUGUUGCAUUUGUAAAAGGCACUCAAUUUGAUAUAGUGGAAUAUCUUCAGCGAGAAAGAUAUGGAAGUGCUCGAUUGGAAAAUUUUGCUUCGGGACUUGAAUUAAUUGGGAAGAAGCUUCAAAUGAGUACAUUGCAGAGUCGGUUGGACGCAGAUUUUCUUUUGGCUCACAUGUGCUCUGUCAAGUUUAAAGAGUGGAUAGUUGUAUUGGCCACUCUUUUAAGGCGAUCUGAGGUUCUCUUUGAUCUAUUUCGGCAUGAUAUGCGGUUAUGGAAAGCUUAUAGCAUAACUCUUCAGUCGCAUCCAGCAUUCGCUGAAUACCAUGAUUUGCUUGAAGCCCUGGAAGAGAGACUCUCAGCUACAGCUAGUUUGGAAGAGAAAUGAGGGAAACUAAAUUGUCCAACACUUGGUUCAGUUUGGCAACAGAUUUUUUUGCAAAAUGAUGCAACUUUCCUCAGCAAGGACAUCUUCUAAAUAGAGCAAAAGAUUUCAAUGAAAUCACAAAUGGAUGAGCAUUCACCAAUUUUGCUGAGCAGGGCAAUGAGCAGACCGGGAAAUCAUGUGUAGGUACGUCGGAUACAACUUUUCGUUAAACCAUAUUUGUCAUCUUAUACAAAUUGGAGAGGUGUAUUUUGUAGAUAAUGCGGUUGGAAGUAUGGGUAGAAUGCCACCUUUCUUUUUUCCUCUCACCGGUUGUGUCAUGUUUCUUCUUUUACUUUGUUUCGUUCGGGUAGAAUGAAAAGAGUAAUUUGUCACCAAAAAAAAGGGGUCCACUUGCAUGUUUUGUGGAUAUGACUUGUGUAGAUAUUUUUCUUCUUCUUUUUGAAUAUGUCUCUUAGUUGGAAAAGAGGCUAGAGCCCCAGGAUGUUAUUUAUACAUAACAAUUCAUUCAUAAUAUGAACAAAUUUUUACCA